CCUCUACGCUGCCCUCUACGCUGCCCUCUACGCUGCCAUCUACGCUGCCCUCUACGCUGCCCUCUACGCUGCCAUCUACGCUGCCAUCUACGCUGCCAUCUACGCUGCCCUCUACACUGCCCUCUACGCUGCCCUCUACGCUGCCAUCUACGCUGCCCUCUACGCUGCCCUCUACGCUGCCAUCUACGCUGCCCUCUACGCUGCCAUCUACGCUGCCCUCUACGCUGCCCUCUACGCUGCCAUCUACGCUGCCCAGACCAGAGUGUCAUAUGGACAGGAGCGGGAGCUUCUUUAAGGACUCAGACGGUCUCACAGACUCAGACCUAAGCAUGUCUGCUACGCUGCCCAGACCAGACUGUCAUACGGACAGGAGAGGAAGCUUCUUUAAGCUGAUAGACACGUUUGCGUUGGAGAUAGGGGAGCUGAAGCAAGAGAUGGUCCAGACCUCCCCAACAGAGGACAAAGACCCAUACCCUAUGGUUCUACAGGGGUUGGAGGGGGAGGUGAGUGGGGUUUACCUCCAGUCGUCGCCCUGCGCUAGCGCCAGUGGUGAAAGGGAUUCUGGGUACGACUCCCUGCGUAGGCGGAUGAGCGUGCUGGACAGACUGAGGCAUACGCACCCCGUGUGGCUACUGCUCACGCUCAGUGACAAGGAGGCCACGCGUAUACUGCUGCAGCAGCCUCCAGGGGUAUUCCUGGUGAGGAAAUCAUCCACUCUUCAGAGGAAAGUUCUGUCUCUAAGGGUCAGUGACGAUGACGCCUCAGGAGGAGCCGGCGUCUGUGACUUCCCUGUCACAGAGAGUCAGUACACCUUUUCUCUGGAAGGAUCUGGGAUCAGUUUUGCAGACCUGUUUCGCCUGGUGGCCUUCUACUGUAUCAGCAGGGACGUCCUUCCUUUCACCCUGAAUCUCCCAGAAGCCAUUGCAGCCUCCAAGACUCAGAAAGACCUGGAGGAGGUGGCCCAACUAGGAGCAGGAUUCUGGCACUCUGCUCUAGGCAGCCUGCGAAGGACAACCACUCCCUCUCGCCCUCCACCACAGCGCCCUGACAGAGACGGUGACAUCCAGGGUGCAGAGAGGACACAAGAGAAACAGAGUGCGACUCGUCCCCCUUCCUCCUCCUCCUCCUCUCGCCUGGAGAGAAGCCAGUCCAACGGGGCUCUUUGCUUCGUCAACCCCCUCUUCCUCCAGACUCACCGGCGGCUUGAGGAAGACCCUCAAUCCUCUUCCACCUCUCCUUCCCCGUACGCCACACACUCCACCCCCAGCCCGGGAACUACCGGUGGGACGUCUUCGGCCCCUGUCACGGACCCCAACGUGAAAAGGAAGUCACGCCCCCCUCGGCCCCCGCCCCCGUUCCCUCCUAUUCCCACCCCCCGUUCUCUCUCCCAGCGCCGCCAAGCUCCUCCUCCCCCACCCCUCUUCCCCAAAAGCCCAAGAGCAGCAUGCCCAAAACGCACAGCCAUUGUUGUCGCCAGGCAACCACUGCAACCCUCAUCCAAUCAGAACCUUCGCCCCACCCCUCGCCCUCCCAUGGGUGCCAGGCACACCAGCCAUUCCAAAAAGACGACGAGCAGCGCCGCCAUCCCUGUGCCCCACCAACACCCUCAACACCCUCCUCCCCCACGCCCCAAAAAACCUGACAUCGACGCCCACCGGUGCCACAUCGCUCUUGAUGACGAGACUAUCGCCAAGGCUCUGUCCCGUGCCAAGCUUCCCCCGUGCCAGGCACCGGCCAUACCCGUUCCCUCCAUAGUGGGAAAUGGUGCUGGUAGCCCUCCCAGCCCUCCGGGUAAGACCCCCAGGCGAGAGGGACAAGAGGGGAGGCUGAGCGACAUGUCCAUCUCUACCUCUUCCUCAGAUUCUCUGGACUACUCCCACCCUCCCCUCUCCCUCCCCGCCAGCCCCCCUCUCAGAUUACGGCAUCACCUUGGCAACAACGAGGACAGCAGCGACGACGAAGACCUCUGUGACGAAGAAGAGGAAGACUACGGCGUCAGCCUGGAGAACGACCUGGACCAGGGCCUCCGUCCUCCCUUCAAAGCCCGCCGGAGAGGGGUCGGAGUCGGGGUCAAAGUUGCGCUGAGCUUCCGGAAAGUUUCUGGAGUCUUCAGCACGUUCAUGACCCCAGAAAGGCGAGCUGUGAGGAGGAUAGCGGAGCUCUCCAGGGACAAAAGUUCCUACUUCGGAUGCCUGGUUCAGGAUUAUAUCAAUUUUGUACAGGAGAAUAAGGGGUGUCAUACAUCAGGCUUAGACCUCCUGCAGACCCUCAGACAGUUCAUGACCCAGAUGAAGGCCUACCUGACGCAGAGCUCCGAACUGGACCCGCCCAUCGAAUCCCUCAUACCCGAGGAUCAGAUAGACUCUGUCCUGGAGAAGGCCAUGCACAAAUGUGUGUUGAAGCCGCUGAAGGGCGUAGUGGAAGUGGCCCUGCACGACUUCCAGGUGAGCAGUGGAGGCUGGCAGCAGCUGAGGGAGAACCUGGCCCUGGCUAAGACCCGGAGGCCUCAGGACCUGGGUGUGGACGGGGCCGUGCCCCCUGACCCCAUGGCCAUCGAGAAGAUCCGCCACAAGUUCCACAACAUGAGGAAGAUGUACUCCCCGGAUAAGAAGGUGUCGCUGCUGCUCCGAGUGUGUAAACUCAUCUACACCAUCAUGCAGGAUAACUCAGGGAGGAUGUAUGGAGCAGAUGACUUCCUACCGAUGCUGACCUAUGUCCUGGCCCAGUGUGACAUGCCUCAGCUGGACACUGAGAUCCUCUACAUGAUGGAGCUGCUGGAUCCCACACUGCUACAUGGAGAGGGUGGCUACUACCUGACCAGUGCGUACGGGGCCAUGGCUCUCAUCAAGAACUUCCAGGAGGAACAGGCAGCCAGGGUCCUCAGCUCCGAGGCCAGAGACACCCUGCACCAGUGGCACCGCCGACGCACCGCCCAGCGCACGGCACCCUCCGUGGACGACUUCCAGAACUACCUGCGAGUCGCCUUACAAGAAGUCAACAGCGGCUGCACAGCCAAAACCCUCCUAGUCCACCCGUACUCCACCACCGAAGAAGUAUGCUCGCUCUGCGCCUACAAGUUCAAUGUUCAUGACCCCGAGAACCACGCCCUCUUUCUCAUCACUGAGGCAACCUGUCAGCAGCUUGCCCCGGACACACACCCCCAGCGAAUCAAAGCGGAGAUACACAGCCACCCAAACUCGCAACCCUUCCAUUUUGUCUACCGCAGAGUGCCCAACCUUAACCUGUGUAUACCAGCUGUCUCAGCUAACCAGCACAAUGGCAACUGCCAAGCCAAAUGGAUGAAUUAAUAAUUAUGGAAUAAAACGUUAUUGAUCCCUAGAGGGGACAUUGGAUUUUUCACUAGUGUACAAACACAUACAGGGACAGUGUCAUACAUCAGCACACAUAGACCUGAGAGAGCACUGAUGGAUGGUGGAACAGGUACAAUACCUGACUGCUGAGACUGAGGCAGUCCUAAUAUGGACACCACCCGGGUAUGAUGGAAUGAUACUGAAUGGUGAUACUGAGGAUGUCCUAAUAUGGACGUGUAUCCAUAGAAUGUUAGUGAAUGGCGGAAAUUGAAAAAUUGCACUGUAUAUUUCAACUAUAGGGUCAGAGAAUGUUGCUGUGUGUUGUGAAGGGAUCCUAGACUACUCAAUGGAAAAAGUAGUUUCUAUUCUUCUUAAAAGGAGACAGAAAGAGGAAGCAGGUAGGGAGAGAAGUGUCUGGUGUCUGCAUGCAUUUCACUCUCUUUUUAGGGAGUGUCAGGAAUUGGUUGGUCAAGUCCAGCGUCGAGUCAUCUAGUGACCACUCUGCAGAGUUGACUCCAGGGCAAGAUUCAUGACAAUAAAUGCCAAGCUACAUGUAGCAUGCUUGAAAUGUAAAGGCUAUUUCUGAUUGAGCCGACAAAUGCAAUUUACCGUGAAUGCAGUCUCCAUAAACGUGGGAACAUUGCCUUUAAAUGUAAAUCGUGCUAUAACUUUGAACUUCAGCGAUAUGGUUUGAAUCGAGCCACCCCACAGGGCACAAACAGGUUGAAUCAACGUUGUUUCCACGUUAUUUUAAAAUAAAAAAAUACGUUGAAACAACGCGGAUGGACAACGAAUUGACGUCUGUGCCCAGUUGUCCUGGUGGGAUGUGUGAAGAAGCUAAACAGAUGCUUUGCGAAGGUUGGCUGGACUUUUCAUGUGGAUGUGGCGACCCCUAUAAGAUAUUUGAAGAAUGGCUUGCAGCAGUAUGGACAUCAUGUCAACUUGCGUACUCUUAAGUCUACAACCUAACUGUCAUUUGCAACGCCAUUAUAUUCAAACAAAAUUUUUUUUUAAACUCACUGCUCUUGCUGUUAUUACUUGUUUUGAAAUAUUCUGCUUUAAUAAGAGCAAGAGCAAUGUGCAGGUUUCUCUUUUCUUUGAGGUUGUCAUAUUCCCUCGCACCUGCAACCAGAUAACUCAGAUGUGCGAGUGCUUUUUUGAAAUAAGAAAUGCAAUUAUAUCAAAUUAUAUAACUGUAUAUAUUUUUUCCUGUCGCAUUCGGCUUGAUUAUUUUGCUGCAGUUGCUGGUCAACUGUAGACAACGUAAAAGUGUAGAUUGUGUUUUUAUAGGAAAAUGCUAUUUUAUUUGGAUUGAAAACGUAACCAGUGUGUUCCUGAGAUCAUUUCCCCCACAUGCCGUACGAUUAUAUGCCAGUAAAUUAAAGCAAUAAAUAUUUUGGAGACAGAAUCUGAA